GAGAAGCCAGCUGCCUGUCUGAAGAACUAGAAAGAGCUAAAGCACAGCUAAUACAACAAGAAAUAACCCUCAAGGAUGCCCUCGAAGCGAAAGAAAGAGAACGGAGACGACUGGAACAGGAAACCAACGACCUGUCUGAAGAACUGGAUAGAGCUAAAGCACAGCUAACGGAACAAGAAAUUACCUUCAUGACCGCUCUCAGAGCAACAGGGAAAGGAGGAGACCAACAAAGACAACUGGAACGAGAAGCCAGCUGCCUGUCUGAGGAACUGGAUGGAGCUAAAGCACAGCUAAUACAACAGGAAAUAACCCUCAAGGAUGCCCUCGAAGCAAAAGAAAGAGAACGGACACAACUGGAACAGGAAACCAACGACCUGUCUGAAGAACUAGAAAGAGCUAAAGCACAGCUAAUACAACAAGAAAUAACCCUCAAAGAUGCCCUCGAAGCGAAAGAAAUAGAACAGGACCGACGGGAACAACUGGAAAAGGAAAGCAACGAGCUGGCAGAGGAACUGGAAAACCUAAAAGAAGAAAUGCAGGGGGUCCAGGAAAACAAACAUAAAUCAGCAUCACUGCUAAGAAGGAAAAUAAAUGAAUUAGAUGAAGCUAAGGAACAACUAAUAGACUACAAACACGUGAUUCAGGAAAACGAAACUCUCUACACAAAAGUCUACCACCUGCACCAACAUCUCACACAAACCACAGCUUUCCGGGAGACAAUGAAGGAGGAGUUACAGGAAACAAAAACUGAACUACUAUCUACCAUUCAUAAGCUGAACAAGGCGAACGCCACAAUCCAGUCCACAGAAGACCCUAACACCGACCGAAGGUGGAGAAGAGACGACAGAGAAGUAGAUCGGCAUUCAAGAAACCAGAACCCAAGACAGCUGUACUCACCGGAACCACCCCUCCACUCCGAGUAUGAAGCAAGAAGACCAUACAGAAAUAUAUCCCCUCCCAACCAAUCUCCAUGCCAAGCUGAUACGAAUCCACGAAGGAUGAGGAGAACAGAAGAUAUGGAGCAGCUGAGCAGAAGACUGGAUGACCAGAAAAUGGAGCUACGAGCCCGACCUGGACGACGCGCUCAGACCACAGCCCCAAACAGAUGGGAUGACGAUGAUGAACCCUCACAUUCAGCCUAUCCACAAAAUGCAUGGGAAAUGCAUGACCUGCCACCAGCAGUGUCACUAGAUCUGCUAUUGAAAAUGAGCAGGAACAUAGAAAAGUUCGAUCCAGACAAUCCCACUCAGAGCAUUGAGAUGUAUCUGGAACAACUGAACUUUAAUUUCGAAUGCCUACCUAGAGCUACAGACGCAGACAAGCUGUACAUGCUGAAAAUCACCUCUUCCAGCUCAAUCAGAGCCCUGCUUGACAUGCAACCAAAUGAAGACCGCCAUAGCUACGACAAGGCUUGCCAGACCCUGAAGGCGUCGCACUCAGAGACUAAUGUCUCCUCCUGCACAAUCGCUCUGAACACAAAACAAAAGGAGAACGAAAACCCAAGGGCAUUCUAUGAGAGGUUCAGGAAAGCCUAUUUUGCAACAGAAAACCAACCCGGAGGAGAAGAAGAUCCCAUGUUCAAGUUAAUGUUUAUAAACAACCUCUCCCAAUCCAUACGACCCUUCAUGAUGACCUUCGCGGACCAGGAAAACAUGACGGCCCUGGGAAUAAGGGACAUGGCAUAUAGAUCAUGGAUGUCCGCUCCAGACCGCCCCAGAGCUACGCCACUCACCCAUCGAGACACAAGGUUCAAAGAGAAUCAGCACAACGCCAUGACCGUCGGCUGCCAUCAGAAACCCACCUGA